AUGUUCCGUUUCCUACAGCCUCAGCGGCGAGGCAUCGGGUUUCAAUCGCUGGGAUUGGUCGCUGCCGAUUGCGGAAAAGGAUCCAAGGACGGACGGGCUCAAAACAAGCUCUCACACGAGAAAAAGGACAGAGCGCUAGUGGCAGUUAGCAGCGAGGGUAUCGUGACGCAUGCAUCGCAGCCGAAGAAGAGGAGGAGCUGCAGUCCUACUGGAACCCCAGCUUUUGGCACAGAAUAUCAGAGAUCGCCACCCCGCAAAUCAUUUGGUUCCAGAACCCCGCCUCGAGUCGCAAGUCACCUGGUCUGCUCCAACUGCCUCUUGCUCCCACCUGGGGCGGCACAGUUUUCUCGCAUCGAGAUUGGAGACAGACGGCGUCGAGUCUUCGAUGCUAGCCCUGUUUCUACCAAGUACCGCUCGACCUCGACCAAGCUUUUACCGGCCAAGCAUAGCGGCGGGCACCUUCGACUCGCUUCACCUGCUUGGCGCCCCUCCCAAAUGCAGCCUGUCCUAGCCAUUCCAUGGGCCAGCCGCGAGCCAGUGGGAGCUACAGAGGCCAAGGUACGAGGUUCGAGCAGCUGA